UUGACUCUCUGUCUGUUUUGUAAAUCAUGACCUGUGCAGGCUGAGGUGUCAUGGAUCUGUGUGUGACCAUCAAAGGGGUCUCCUUCCUCUUGCAAACAGGUAUGGGCAUUUUGGGGAACAGCGUGGUGCUGCUGGCAUACGGCAGCAUCAUUUAUACUGGACCCAAGCUCCUUCCUGUGGACAUGAUCCUGUGCCACCUGGCCUUUGCCAACCUGAUGCUGCUACUAACGCGCUGCGUCCCUCAGACCAUGACUGUGUUUGGGCUGAAGGAGCUGCUGAAUGAUCCAGGCUGUAAGGUUGUGAUCUAUGCCUACCGCAUCGGCCGUGCCCUGUCAGUCUGCAUCACCUGCAUGCUCAGUGUGUUCCAGGCUAUGACCAUCGCCCCAGCUGGACCACGUAUGUCCAGGCUGAAACCUGCACUUCCAUCCCUGGUUCUCCCCACCUUUGCAGGGCUGUGGCUCCUCAACAUGACCAUAUGCAUUGCAGCCCCUUUGUUCUCUAUGGCUCCACGUAAUGGCACUGUCCCUGCCUUCACCCUCAAUUUGGGCUUCUGUCAUGUGGACUUCAGAGACAACCUGUCCUAUGUGAUCAAUGGGGUUGCUAUCACUUGGAGGGAUUUUGCCUUUGUCGCCCUGAUGUUGGGCUCCAGUGGUUACAUCCUGGUGCUUCUCUACCGCCACAGCCGCCAGGUGAGAGGGAUCCGUAAAUCUCAGGGUGGUGGAGCAGAGACCAGGGCUGCCAAAACAGUGAUAACUCUGGUGAUUCUCUAUGUGGUCUUUUUUGGGAUUGAUAAUGUGAUCUGGAUCUACAUGUUGACGGUGGCUAAGGUGUCACCAGUGGUGGCUGAUAUGCGGGUGUUCUUCUCCUCCUGCUACGCCUCACUCAGUCCCUACUUUAUCAUUUCUUCCAACAAGAAGGUCAAGGCGAAGAUCAUAUGUGCAUCUGAGCAAGACCAACCAUCAACUGACACUCAGGAGUCAAAUGACAAAUGACUC